UCGCCCCGCCCCUGGGACGCUGGGGGCUGGGCCGCGCAGUUGCCGUGGCAACACGCUGUGUUUGUACUCUGGGGAGUCUCGUAGCGAUCCAUGGCGGGCCCUGAGCAGCGCCAGCCCCAGCCUGCCGCAUGCAACUUUCCGUCUGCGGCCGAGCGUCCGCUGCAGGUGAAGGUGGUGGGACUCUUCAAAAGCUCCAGCUUUCAGAUCGCUAAGAGCACAGCUGAGAGUCUGAAGAGUACUUAUCCAUCAAAAUUUGAAGACUCUAUCAUAAUCCCUCUUCAAGAAUUUGCCUGGGAUCAAUAUCUACAGGAGAAAAAAAGGGAGCUCAAAGGUGAAAUCUGGGAAUAUUCUUCCCACGUGAUGUGUUUCCUCAAUGACCAACUCCUGGGGGAUGCACUUGACCUGCAGAGAUGGGCGCAGAAGGCGUGGGAUCUCGUGGAUGUGAAGCCUGCUGCCCUGUAUGAGGCACUCACUUUGGAUUAUUCCACUCAAUUCUUAAGAGACACCAAGCAUGAUUUUGUGUUCUUGGACAUUGGUGUCAAUUUUUUUCCAAUUGGAAGAUUGAUUUUUGAGCUGUACUGUGAUACAUGUCCCAAAACAUGUAAAAAUUUUCAGACCUUGUGUACAGGAAAAGCAGGGUUUUCCGAGAGAGGCAUAAGGCUACAUUAUAAAGGGUCAAUUUUUCAUCGAGUAGUACAGAAUGGUUGGAUACAAGGAGGAGAUAUAGUAGCUGGAAAAGGAAAUGAUGGAGAGUCUAUUUAUGGACCAAUAUUUGAAGACCUUCCCGGGAGCUUGGAAAGAACUGUAAAGAGGUGGGAGGCAAGAAGAGGAGUUGGUAAAAUGAAGAAUUAUAGAGAUGAAAACUUUUCAAUUCCUCAUAAUAAAAGAGGAGUUCUUGGAAUGGUCAACAAAGGCUGUCACAGCAACGGCUCACAAUUCUAUAUUACACUACAAGCAACUCCCUACCUGGAUAGGAAAUACGUGGCAUUUGGGCAAUUGAUCGAAGGAACAGAAGUUCUUAAACAACUAGAAUUAAUUCCAACAGAGAAUGAAAGACCAGUACAAAUAUGUAGCAUUAUUGACAGUGGAGAUCUUUAUGCCUGAUUUUCAUAUCAAUACUUUCUGUGAUGAUUUACUAUUUUCCAACUGACCAGCUGCUUCUACAUUUAAUUAAAGACGUGCUUGAUAACUUUUAACUUGAAAACUGUGGCUGACACGGUAGUUUGGCUUACUGGACUCCAAUUCCUCCCCUCUUUCCUUUCCUGUGCCUCAACCACAGAAGACUGUUAAAGCAAAACACUCAAUUUCCCUGACUCUUUUGCAGCCAGAAGUGGCCAUGAGAUAGCAGUCUGGGGAGUCGAACACCUGUCUCUUCCCUUCAUCCAGUCUUGAAUGCAGGCUGGCUGGAGCUGUCACCAAGAGAACUAUUGAGAGCCGGGUGUGGUGGCGCAUGCCUGUAAUCCCAGCACUCAGGAGGCUGAGGCAGGAG